AUGCAGAAGAUGAGGAUACUCUCAGACAAGGGAAUACAGCACGAGAUUGAUCUCGUGCCGGGGACGAAGUAUUGCGUGACGCGGCAGUGGCCACUGCCGCGGGAGCAAGUGAAGGCGAUCGACGACUACUUCGAAAGUCGUCGCAAGGCAGGACAAGUGCGGGAAUCAAAGUCCCCGCACAGCGCACCAACGUUCCGUGUCAAGAAGCCACAGGGUGAUUAG